UAAUUUUAUACAUAUAACGCGCAGCAACAUUCUGUACACAGUAUAGAUAUGCAUACAUGCAUUAUGGUAAAUUAUCGAAUGUAUAAUAUACAACUAUAAAGUACACUUUUUGUAUAGUAAUAAACUAAAUAAGACAACCGACGACACGCUUUCCAAAUAUGAUUGUACAUAAUAUAUAAUUGGAAAAUAAACCUGUACAUAGAGUACAAUUUUAGCGUUUGAGUCUUGUCUUUAGAAUAUUUUUGAAAUGAUGAAAUCUGUUAUUUUUAUAAUCUUAUUCUUACUAUAAUAAUAUUGUAAAAUAGUUUCAUCAGGAAAUAAGCAAGAGAUUAUUAAAUAUCUCCUAAUUAUCCAGAGAAAUUUUUACACGUAUCUCAAAUUUCAUGUCAAAUUUUUUGUUACUUGUAAUACAAGUAAUUAUAUAUACAAGCCUUAUGUAUAUUGGAAGGUAUAAGUCUUUACUACGCAAUUUAAAAACCGAUGUCACAUACAUCCUUCAAUGUAUAACAAAUAGUAUACAUAAUAUGAUGUGUAUGUUAAAUGUUUGUGUUGUGAGGGAAGAGUCAACAUCACAGUUUGAAGAUAAUUCUUUCGUAUAUAUAUGUGCAUGAACAUGCCUACGUGUGUAUUCAUAGGUCACUGUGAUAAGAACCAUAAGGGUCAUUUCUUGACUCAGUACGCUUUCGUCGAACUAUGGUUGCACAUCAUGAGUUUUACAGAUUAUAAUAUUAUAUUCAGAUCCAUGCAAAGAUUAAGAAAGAUACUAUUCCUAUUCGUGCUGUUAAGCACUGGACAUGUUGCGCAAGGUUUAUUCAGAUCCGGGAAAGAAUAUAUGUAUUCUUACAAUGCUGUGUCGAAUACUGGUGUACUAGUGCCGUCCAAUGCAGCUGCCUCGUGGAGUCUCAAUGGAAAAAUCGUAAUUCAGGCCGAAAAUAAUAUUGCUACUGUACAGUUACAAUCGUUGAAAACGAGUGUGUGGAAUGGAAAUGUGAAGAAGAUGAGUGAAGACAUCGAUAUCUACGAUGAUGCUUCCCGACUCUCGAAACCUUUUCAAUUGUCGUACAAUAAGGGUUUUGUCGAGAAUUUUAGCACCGAAACUGAUGAACCUGCAUGGGCAACGAAUAUAAAACGAAGUAUAGCUGGAAUUUUACAAUUAGAUCUCUUUAAUCUGGAAAAAGAAGUUGCAUUUCAUUCCAGUGAAGUAAAUCAUUAUGGCAAAUGUAAUAUUGAUUACAUUGUGAGUUCUGAAGGAGAGAAUCAACGUUUAAUAAGAAAAUCGCUAGAUCCUCGUAUGUGUACCGGUCAUUCAAAUCGUUACUGGUCGAACGUUCCUAAAGUACAAUGUACCGAUGAAGAUCAAAAUCCUGUCCUAAAGAGCAGCGAGAGAAUGUACAGAUUGACGACCGAUGGACUCGUCCACGAUAUUAUUUCUGUUAAUGCGUCUGGAGGUAUUUACGUGCAACCUUUUCAAAGUAUGGGAGAGGCACACUACCAUUUUGUUGAGCAAACAAUGGAAUUAUUCUCAGUAAAGGAUAUAACGAAUAGAAUAGUUAUGAAUAAUUUACAAACUACAGUGCUGCAACAUGAACUACCAGAAGAAGAUCUCACGCAAGGUAGAGGUACUCCUGAUAAAAAUUUUGUCUUCGAAUCUAUAAGUCGUUUACUAGACCGUUUAAGUCAGAGACUCGAAAAUCCUGGUUUGGAUACUGAAAUUCCUAAUUUACAUAACACAACGAUAUCCAUACUUCUCUACUAUCUCGGUAUGCUAGAUCGUGUUGAUCUAGGAAAAGCGUACAGUCAAAUUUUGGGGACUAGUUAUAAGGAGGAAACGAUACGGAAUAUGUUUCUCGAGGCGUUACCACAAGUCGGAAGUAAAGAGUCUGCGCUUUUUAUAUUGGAUCUUAUUCAAGCGAACAAGGUGUCCGAUAUAUCUGCGAUCCAACUUCUUAUGCAGUUGCCGUUCCAUAUAAGGAAACCAGACGUUCAAUUACUUGUCAGUCUUGAGCCAUUCCUUUCUCUGCCAAACAAACUUCCCAAAGAAGUACAGAACACCGCAAUCCUCACAUACGGAACAUUAAUAUAUAAGACCUGUUUGGUGUAUUGUCCAUAUGAUAUGUUAGACGAUUACGUGCGUCUAUACCUUGACAAAUUUACAGAAGCUACACAGUACGAACAGAAGAUGAUUUGGUUGGAAGGCUUAGCAAACAUACAGUUGAGCAGAGUUAUUGAAUUCUUGGAGCCUAUAGCUAGAGCCAAUGCUGAAUCGCGACAUUUUCGAGUGCUGGCGGCUUGGGCUUCUCUUCCCACAGCGCCAUUGAGGCCCGAUGUUAUUUAUCCUGUGUAUUGGCCAAUUUUAGUUAACAGAACUGAACAUUUGGAAAUGAGAGCAGCUGCGCUAACUUUGCUGAUUAUUUCUAGCCCUACUCCUAAUAGAUUGAUAUCUCUGUAUUGGUAUAUGCAAAACGAGCCCUGCCAACAUUUGUACAAUUACUUUUACACGAUGUUAAAAUCUGCGGAACGUAGCACUUGUCCCUGUUAUAAACCCAUAGGCAGAAUCGCAGGACAAUUUAGUCGUUUACUCCGAAAACCGUCGAAUGGCAAAUAUCUUGUUACUGGUAACUAUCUGGUCGAUUACCAAGAUUCCUUGAGGAGAUUCGGUGCUAUGUUACACGGAAUUAUCAUAGCUAACCCGUCGACAAAUAUUCCUGAAGUAAUUUACGUAACUUUAAAUGAUUAUGCUAGUGGAACACACAUUAAUCAUGUGUCUUUAUAUGUGAAAGCAGAAGGUAUUUUCCACUCAUUAGCGACUUCUUUUGACAAUCCGACAAACAUAAAAGAUAUUCUGAAAGAAUUUAAAUUAGAUGAAAGGAAGAAAGGUCCCGUACACUUAGAAGCAAUUAUGCGCAUUCAAGAAAAAACGGUGUUGUGCAUUCAUUUGAAUGAGACAAGUAUCAUUAACGGAUUAAAGUAUUUGUCUUCUUUAUCGGAUAACAUAUAUCGUAUGUAUCACAACAUGGAAUUUCAUGUCAAUCAACAACGUAUAAAUAUACCCUUGAUAAUUGAGUCGUUGCAAGUAACAGAUUUCGGUACUAAUGUAAGACUCGCAAUGAUGUCAACAUCAUUUUUCUCAAUGAGAGGAAAUUUUACACGCAAUUUCCCUGAACGAAAUAAUCAUGUUAUUUUACGCACAUCUGUUCACGGCAUUGAGACAAUAGAGAAUUACAAUCCGUUAGUUGAUUUGUGGCAUAGCGCUCAAAGAGUUCAAUCAUUACAUGGAUAUCUACCUGUUAACAUUACGAUUGGAUUCGAAGAACGUCCAUUUAUUUCAUACAAUAAUCUAGGAGGAAAUCUCAAGACAGGUAUCACAGCACAUGCUAGAACGCUCACUAGUAUUAGAGGCGCUAAUGUAAAAUCGAAAUUAAAGCGAAUUUGUCAUUCGUGUCCGAUAUCAUAUACAGUGACAAAAUCGCCUUCCUCCGAUAUGCAAAUAAUGAAUAUAAUGAAUGUCAAACUUCCCGAAAUAGGUAGUCAAGUGCAAGUGAAGAUAUUUGAUUGUGAAAGCACAGUGUCAUACGAAACUCUGAUUAAUGAUAUUUGGUCUUCCCAUCGAAGCAACUAUCAAACAUGGCCAAGCAUACGAUUUGUCCUAAUCGGACUGCAUUUUUUGAACUAUCUCUCUUACAUGCCACCAAAAGGCAGCUGUGGAUUAACAGCUUAUAUCGAAGCACUUGAUUCGAGACCAUCGCAGACAAAAUUGGAGUACACGAGAAACGGAAACUAUCACAUGUUAUCUUUGACACAUCGCAAUUUGGAUUCGUCGCAAAUUUUUCAUCAGUGGAAUUUAGCUGCGUUAUAUGAAACUACUAGUUGGCUAUCGGAUGUCAUUAAAAUUAAAGCAUCUAAAAUCGCUCCCGACGAGCCUGUAUUAAAGUUCUGCAUAGAAGCCGAAAGGCGCAUGCCAUGGCAAUGGGAGUUUUUGAGUAACGAACCGAGCGAUCUAUCUCGCAUUAAAUUAAAUAUCGUAUGGGGUCUAUCUGAUACUGCAAAAGGAAGAUGCAGCGGCUCCUCAAUAACAAUGAGCUUAAUUGGCGAAGUCAGUAGCGACCAGCUUGAAGAAAGCAGAAAGAUGCACGGACUUUAUGAUGAAUGUAAAAAAGAAUCUAUGGGCAAACACUUUAUUCCUUAUACAAAUUCUUGUUACGAAGUGUCGCGAGAACUGUCGACAUUGCGGAAAUAUAAGAUCGUCGCACGCUACGAAAACUUACCAGGGAUCUUGUCCAAGUUAAUUUGGAGAAUGUAUGCCUUAUACGAUCUGAUCGGUGGAAACAGCAGCAAUGCGAGAAACUCCGAUGAACUUGUAAUAACAGCAAUUUUUCCGAAAGAAUCGAACGUGGGCGAGUUCCAACUCAACGGGGAUAAGAUUAUGAUCGAAUAUAACUCACGCUAUAUCGAUCUUUUCUUGGCACGAACAAGAAUCCAUAAGUAUAUGGAAUUACCUUUAUUCAGAAUGUUUUCUAGUACGUGAUUUUAUAUUAAUACGUAAUUUUGUAUUAAACGUAAUAUUGUUAUAUCCAUAAUUCCAAAUUAGCUGAAAAUAUCCUGUAUACAUAAUGAAGAGUACAUAAUAUAUAGUAUGUCACUGCUUACUACAGUUCAUCUAACUUCAAUGCACGUAAAACGGGAUCUACAAUGAGAACUUAAGUUUUAAGCAUCAAGUAAGAAAUGGACCAAUCACAGUUGAAUUAUAGAAAAAUAAUUAAUACUAGAUUUGAGGCUUU